UAAUUAUCUUCUUUCUUUAAGACAAUCAUAAUUAAUUAUGGCUUGCAGCAACGUAAGCGGAUUUAGCUCCAACGGCGGAGUACAAGUUAAGAUUAAGUCCACCCCUGAAAAGUUCUGGCAGGCCAUUGUUAACUCCACAAGAAUGUUCCCCACCGCCAUGCCUGCCCUCUACACCACCAUUAUGCCGAGCAAUUCCGAUGGCUCCGUUCGUGUCAUCACGUACGGUGAAGAUUCUCCGAGAAUUAAGCAGUCAGAACAACAGAUCACCGAAAAAUAUUGGCCGACAUUUCGUUACACCAUUCUCGGCGGGGAUAUCCUAAAAUACUAUGCAAAUUUCUGUGGGGAAAUAACAGUGAUCACUACCACAGAUGAUGGAACAUGGGUGAAAUGGACAUGGGAGGGUGUGUAUCCAAAACCUAGCAAUCCUGUUGACAUUGAUGUGGACUUGGAGGAACUUGCAGUCAAGACCUUGGGAAAACUUGAUGAGUAUCUUCUUAGGGCAUAAUUAUAGUUCCUAAUUAUUUGGGGAUUAUAAUAUUAUUAAUUGACCUAUGCAUGCAUCAAAUUAUAAAAUAAAAUGCAUAAAUUUCAUGUUUUAAUGUAAUAUACAUAAAGAUCUUUGGAAUAUCAGAGAUCUUAUGGUUGCAAAUGUUGUUUUAUA